AGGCAGUGUUUUCUCUGUUUUUCACCUUUGCUUUUUGUUGCUGUGAUUUACAUGACAGGUUUCUGUCUAAUUUUGCAGCCCAUUUCAGAGCGCACAGACCAUGAAAAGGUUAUCAAAAUCCUUGAGCACUGUUGACAAGCGCCCUUUUCUGGCCUUAAUUUUCCACCUUGAUGUGGGAAGCAGAACAAGACAAACACUCAGGCCAUGCUAUAUGGUGCAAAUGUACACAGCGUGCUUACCUAAUAUAGGAAAAUUAUCCUGUGAUCAAUUGAGAAAUGAUAUGCUCCAGCGGCGAAGCAGCCUGGUCGCACAAAAAACAUUCUGUUAUUUCCAUUAAAAGGCUGCAGAGACAUGGGCUUCUGACGGCAUUGGUGCAGGCUUUCAUCAUCCCAGGUGCCAUUAUUUCAGAAAAGCUCCAUUUCAUUUUGUGAUUGAUAUCUCGCUGGCAGUCUCAGAAAUCUUGUUCAGAGUCUGGAUUUUUUGCAGCAGGCUCUCAUAAAGGCUAUGAUGCUAUUUAUUAAUUCAAAGGCCUCUAUUUUUUGACUCAGUGUCUCUCCUAUUUCCCUUCAUCUGUCUCACACGCAGGACCUGGAAGCUGAUCAACAAUGGAGCGGCUGGUCGUGUGCGUGCUGCUGUGCGCCGCCCUGGUGAAGGGAUACAGCUGCCCCGGCCGCUGCAUCUGCCAGCACCUCUCCCCGACGCUCACCCUGCUCUGCGCCAAGACCGGCCUGCUGUUCGUGCCCCCCACCAUCGACCGCAAGACCGUCGAACUCCGACUCACCGACAACUUCAUCACCAUCAUCCGCAAGAAAGACUUUUUUAACAUGACCAGCUUGGUCCACCUCACCUUGUCCCGGAACACCAUCAGCCAGAUCACGCCGCACGCCUUCGUGGGCCUGCGCUCGCUGCGGGCGCUCCACAUGGACGGGAACCGCCUCAGCGUCAUCAAGAGCGACCACUUCAAAGGCCUCGUCAACCUGCGGCACCUCAUUCUCGGGAACAACCAGAUCCACCAGGUGGCGCCCACCUCUUUCGACGAGUUUGUUUCCACUAUCGAGGACUUGGAUCUUUCCAACAACAACCUGCGCAGCCUGCCGUGGGAAGCGAUAGCCAGGAUGACCAACAUUAACACGCUCACGCUGGACCACAACCUGAUCGACCACAUCGAAGCGGGGACGUUCACGCUGCUCACGAAGCUGGUCCGUCUGGACAUGACCUCCAACCGGCUGCAGAAGCUGCCGCCAGACAGCCUGUUCCAGCACGCUCAGGUCCUCUCUGAAGCCAAGGGCUCCAGCUCGUCCACCCUGGCGGUGAGUUUUGGCGGGAACCCCCUCCACUGUAACUGUGAGCUGCUGUGGCUGCGCCGGCUGACCCGGGAGGACGACCUGGAGACCUGCGCCUCGCCGGAGCACCUCAUGGACAAGUACUUCUGGUCCAUCCAGGAGGAGGAGUUCAUCUGUGACCCCCCUCUGAUCACCAAGCACCUCGCCACAAAGCCCUACGUGAUGGAAGGCCAGGGAGUGACUCUGAAGUGCAAAGCGGUGGGCGACCCGGACCCUGACAUCCACUGGCGCUCGCCCGACGGCAAGCUGGUCCACAAUAACUCCCGCACCAUCCUGUAUGACAACGGCACCCUCGAUAUUCUGAUCACCACGCUGAAGGACAGCGGGGCAUUCAGCUGCGUGGCGUCCAACGCCGCUGGCAUCGCCACAGCUGCCGUGGAGAUCAACAUGAUCCCCUUACCGCUGUUCGUUAACAACUCAGGCCACAUGCGAGAGGACCCCGGCCUCUCAGACAUCACCACCUCCUCCAAAUCUGGCAACGACACCAAGGGCUACGACAAGCAGGACAGGAGGGUGAUGGUCAACGAAGUGACCUCCUCCUCCGCCGUGAUCCGCUGGCCGUCCGAGCGCCACAUCCCUGGCAUCAGGAUGUACCAGAUUCAGUACAACAGCACGGCGGACGAUACUUUGGUGUACAGGAUGAUCCCGUCCACCAGCAAGAACUUCCUGAUCAACGACCUGGCAGCGGGGCGGGAGUACGACCUGUGCGUGCUGGCGGUGUACGACGACGGCAUCACCUCGCUGACGGCCACGCGCGUGGUCGGCUGCGUGCAGUUCCACACGGCCAACGAGGUCAGCAAGUGCCGCUUCAUGCACAGCCAGUUCCUGGGAGGCACCAUGAUCAUCAUCAUCGGCGGGAUAAUCGUGGCGUCCGUGCUGGUGUUCAUCAUCAUCCUGAUGAUCCGCUACAAGGCCUACAGCAGCCCGGAGGACGGCAAGGCCAAGGUCAGCGCCAGCAUGCACUCCCAGACCAGCGGCAGCCAGCAGCGGCUGCAGCGCUCCGCCUCCAAGCAGCCGUCCGACGAGGGCCAGCGCGAGGCCGGGGCCGGGGCCCCGAAGGAGUGCAUGGCGCUGGUGCUGCGGGUGGAGAGCGAGAAGAAGGAGGACGCCGCGUCCACCACCGCCAUCUUGGAGGUGGAGCUGCCGACGCUGUCCGCGGACAAGCUGAAGAGGAGAACCAGCCUGGACGCGCAGCGGUCCGGCCCCCCCUCCGAGGACACGCAGACGGACAGCAGCCUGACGGGCUCCACCAUGUCCCUGUGCCUCAUCGGCCCCAACGCCGGCUCCAAGGAGGCCCCCAGGCUCAAGGACAAGAAGAGCGCCCUGGCCAACAUGGGGCUGCUCCCCAACGAGCUGGCACGAACUAGGCACAGAUUCUCUUUUGACGGUGGGGAUUACUCCAUAUUUCAGAGUCAUAGUUACCCACGCAGAGCGAGGACGAGGUGGCACAAGUCCACCAACCAGCUCGACGUGGAGUCGUCGCCGCUCGCCAACAGGAGAGUCACGUUCAGCAGCACCGAGUGGAUGCUGGAGAGCACAGUCUGAGGGAAGCAGCGUCGCCAAAAAAAAUGGCCCAGCCACACGCAGACAUACACAUGUAAAAACACAGAUAUGUCUACAUGCCAUUUAACACGCUGUCCCCUGCACACACAAGCACAUGUACGUCCACAUGCAAACUUUCUGUGAGUUGCUGGAGAAGAACACAGUCCGUCUCUCUUUCAUCCUGCCUCCCCGUCAUACUCCCAGAGAGGUUUGUUGGCCAUGUCCUUUCUUUAUGCAGCAGUGCCUUAUUCUUUGAAAAAAAAAAGGAGGAAAAAAAAGAUGUACGAAUGGAGGAUGCUGCUCACUGUAGUCAUAAACCUUCCUCUCUGUCAUUGCGUCCCGUCUCGACAAAUGGGAAGCGUUAACGUUGGAUUUUUAGUUCUCUCCUUCUUUCGGUGACAUGCCAAGGGGGGGAGGGGGUGUGGCGUCUGGAUGUGACUGUUUAAUUGCUACAAAACAAACACAAAAAAAAAAAGAAAAAACUUCAUCAUAACUGUAAAGUGAUCAGCCAGGUAUCCUGUUAUGUCAAUCAUGUUUUGGGUUCUUUCAGAAAAAAAAAAACAAAAAAAAAAAAAACAAAAAAACUUUUGCACAGAAGACACGAGAUACAAGGACCAGUAUCACCACCAGUCUAUACAAUAAUAACAAUAAU